AUGGCGAAUAGAGGGAAACCCGACGGAGUUUUCCCCCAGCCUGUGAAGUUCCCAGGCAUUGCGGAAAAACCCAAAACGGUGCCGGGAAAAUGGGCCCGGUCUAUCAAGCUGGCUGUCCCUGAUGGUGCGGCCACAGUCUCUCCACUCCAGCACAUCACUUCGGGAGAGGGUCCUACACAGGGCCCUUGCGAUGCUGUUCCCAUCACUGCUGUGGCUCCGCAGCCUGGCUCAGAGAGGCCCUACAGCAUUGCUUGUGCUGCUGUUAGACAUACAGUGGAAGGUGGUUUGCACUUGUUGACUUUCCGUGGGGCACAUUAUGGAAGUGCAUGUGCACAAAGUUUACAGGCAGGACAUGACCCUUAUGCCCAGCCCCACGACCUUGAACGCAGGAAGGGAAACACUGGUGAGAAGCGUUGGAAAGAAGAUCCAGCUGGGAAGAUGAAUAAAUCAUCUGUACAGACAAUUGGUGAAGAACAAAUACAGAAUCCUUACACGGAGCUCCUUGUGUUGAAAGGUCAUCAAGAUAUAGUACGAUUUCUAGUGCAAAUAGAUGAUUGCAGGUUUGCAUCUGCAGGAGAUGAUGGAAUCAUAUUUCUGUGGAAUGCUCAGACCGGGGAAAAACUUUUUGAACUUCAUGGACACACACACAAAAUUACAGCUAUAGCACCAUUUUCUUCGUCAGAUGCCUCUGAAGAAAAAAAACAUUUGAUUUUAACAGCAUCAGCUGAUAGAACAGUUAUUGUUUGGGACUGCACUAGUGGCAGGCAGGUUCAGAAAGUGUCAUGCUUCCAUUCUACUGUAAAGUGUUUGACAGUUCUUCAAAGACUGGAUGUAUGGUUGUCCGGAGGGAGUGAUCUAUGUGUUUGGAACCGAAAAUUAGAUCUCUUGUGUAAGACCAGUCAUCUUACUGAUGCAGGUAUCAGCGCUUUGGUUGAAUUGCCUAAAAAUUGCGUUGCAGCCACUGUUGGCAAAGAGCUAGUAAUUUUUAGGUUGAUUGCUUCUAAUGAUGGGUCUGAAGGUUGGAAUGUCCUUGAAGUAAAACGCCUUGUUGACCAUCAGGAUAACAUUUUGUCAUUAGUCAGUGUCAAUGACUUGACUUUUGUGACAGGUUCUCAUGUGGGUGAGUUAAUAGUUUGGGAUGCACUUGACUGGACAAAGCAGGCAUGUGAGUGCAACUUCUGGGACUCUUCUGUCCCUCCAGAUGUACAGCCGGAAAUAAAGUUAUCCCAAAGCCCAAAUGAAACUUCAGUUCAACACUUAACAUCUGAUGACGAGUGUGUGUUUGCUGCUGUUGGGAAAGGCAUAUACGUAUAUAAUCUUCAAAUGAAGCGUGUGAUUGCCUGCCAGAGAACUGCUCAUGACUCCUCUGUACUGCACAUUGAGAAGCUUCCAAACAGGCAGCUGAUCUCCUGUUCAGAAGAUGGCAGUGUGCGCAUUUGGGAGCUCCGAGAAAAGCAGCAGCUGCCAGCUGAACCGGUUCCAACAGGGUUUUUCAACAUGUGGGGAUUUGGAAGGGCAAACAAGCAGGCAAACCAAGCUGCUAAGAAGAUGCAGGACAAUACACCUAUGUAUUUCUUGGAGCUGGUUGGUGAUUUGAUUGGUCAUUCAUCAGCUGUGCAGAUGUUCCUGUACUUUGGUGAACUGGGACUGGCUACGUGCUCUGCUGACCAUCUCAUUAUUUUGUGGAAGGACGGUGAACGAGAAUCUAGACUUCGCAGUUUAACACUGUUUCAAAAAUUGGCGCAAAAUGGCGAUUUGCAGCUCAAAUUUUAAAUUGCUCUAAUACAGGCUACAUAUAUAAAAACUGGAUGUGUGUUAAAUGUGAGUGUAAAGAAAAGUCCGAGCUACUGGGAAUGUGACUACCAGUAAGCUUUACACUUAAUGUCAUGUAUUAUAUUGGAGUUUUGAUUAGUUGCUACUACUCUUCUCAAAAGAGAAUUUUGCAUGUUGAAACUUACUUGGCUUAUUCUGUCAGCAGAAAUGGUGUUCUCUUGAAAGACUGAAUGAUGACUCAUUAAAUAGUUUCUAAUAUUA